AGCAGUCCCAAUGUCGUUUCACUACUUCUCCCUCACAUUCUCUCUCUACUUUCUCUCUCUGGUCGCCGGAGCUACUUCUCUCACCGCCAUCGGAGCCACCUACUCUCCCUCCACCACCGCGACGCACUUGCGGCCACCUUCGCCCGAACGCAUCUCCGCUUUGGCGAUCUCCUUAGGGAUGAACUCGGUCCGACUCGAGCAACCGGACCCAACCACGGUCAGGGCCUUCCUAUACUCGAACACCACGCUUCUCCUAAACGUUCCCAACUCCCUGGUCCCAUCCAUGGCCGCCAAUCGCUCCAACGCCUUCCAGUGGCUCUACACGAUGGUGGUCCCGUUCUUUCCACGGGUCAAGAUCUCUAUCAUCUCUGUCGGCAACGACAUUCUGGAAAGCUCACCGGAGAACUCGAGCUUCCUCCUCCCAGCCAUGGAGAACGUCCACCUCGCUCUCCGAGAUCUCGGAAUUCGUAAGAUCUCCGUCUCCACCACCUUCUCCUUCAUUAAUGUGAUCACCUCCUUCUUCCCGCCCUCCGCCGCCCAAUUCCGAGAACCAGCUCUAGGGAACGUGAUCAGCCCCUUACUCCAGUUCUUGCGCGACACCAAUUCUUCAUUCUUGAUCAACGUCUACCCAUACAACGUGUACAGAAUGCGGAGCGAAAUCCCGAUCGGUUACGCUCUGUUCCAAGAGCACGCAUUCGGCUUCAGAGACGACCUCACCACUGGAGUCCGGUACCGGAAUCUAUUCGACGUGAUGAUCGAUGCCGUGAUAUGCGCCAUGGCGAUCUCGGGUCACGAGAACAUCCCCGUGGUGGUAACCGAGACGGGGUGGCCGAGCUCGAGUGGCGACGCGGGCGAAGUGGACGCGAACCCAGCAUACGCGGAGCUUUACUUAAAGGGUUUAGUGAGGCACCUGAGAUCGGGCAUAGGAACUCCGUUGAGGAAGGAAGGGGUUGCAGAGACUUACAUAUACGAGAUGUUCGAUAAGGAAGAGAAACAGGGAACUGCUAAGCAGAACCGGACAUGGGGGAUUCUUUAUCCUAAUAUGACCAACAAGUACAACAUUGACUUUUCUGGCUUGACAAGGACUAUUAGCGGGGGAAGGCAUUUUUGGGUGAGUCUUAUUGUUGGUUCAAUUGGUUUAUCUCUGUUAUAGAGUUUAUUUUUUGAGUAAUGGGGUUUGAGGAAAAGUCUUGUGCUUUUUGUAAAAAGUUUUGAGUAUUACUGGCUUUUGCUAUGUGGUUGUCUAGAAAAUUGACCAUUUUUUUUUUUUUGCUUAGUUCUAUGUGAUUAGACAAGUGGAUUUGUUUUAGAGUGGAAGUUCUCGGCAAAAUAUGAG